UUUAAUAUUAUUAAUAUUAUCAUUUCUUUGUUAUUUAAUUAUAUAGCAAUAUUAUUUAGCAAAUAAUAUUAUUAUAUUUAUAACAAAUAUAAAUAGAAUUACUUUUAAUAUAUCAAUUUACUUGAUACAUUGAUAUACGUACCGUACAUACAUUUCACAAUUCCAAAUAUGUAUUUUUGAAUAUAUAUGUGUAUCUAAAAUAUUAAUAGCAGAAAAUAGUAUUUUAUUGAAAAUUAGUAACAUAUUUUAUAGUGAUAAUUAAUUUCAAAAAUAUUUAUUAAAAUAUAUAUAAAAUUAUAUCAAUAUUAAUGCUUUAAUAUUUAAAGUAUUGAUAGAAGUGUGCACAUAUAUAUAUUUAUUUUGAAUAUUUGAAACGAUGUAAUUUUCAACAGGUUAUCAUAUAUAUAAUAGUUUGUUUUUUAAACGAAAAGAAUGAAAUUAUUAAUUUAUCAAAAAUAAUUUCAAAAUAGUGUUUUGAUUACCUGAUUAAAUGUAUUAAAUCAUAUACUGAAGCCAUUGAAGAAAAAACAGAAAUGGAAGAAGAUAAUGAUGAUGAAAAUAAUAUUGUGGUUAAAAAUACAGUUCCAUUAAUAAAAGAUUUAUUCCAUGUGCAUGGAAAAGUUGGAGAAGGAACCUUUAGUUCUGUAUAUUUAGCUACUUUAAAAUUAUCUGAUGGUUCUAAAAAAUUUGCAUUGAAACAUUUAGUUCCUACUAGACAUCCUGAAAAAAUUGAAAGAGAAUUACAAUGUAUGCAACAAAUAGGAGGAAAAGAUUAUAUAGUUGGAUUGGAAUUAUGUUUAAGAAAUUUUGAAACAGUAAUAUUUGUAAUGCCAUAUAUGAGACAUGAUAAAUUUUCGGAAUAUGUACAAGACAUGACUGUUCAGGAAACAAAAGAUUAUAUGACAGCAUUAUUAACUGCAUUACGAAGGGUUCAUCAAUUUAAUAUUAUACAUAGAGAUAUUAAACCUAGUAAUUUUUUAUAUGACAGAUGUAACAAAAGAUAUUUGCUAGUUGAUUUUGGAUUAGCACAAGAGUAUGUACCAGAAAAAAAAUCUAAUAACAUUAAAUUAGCUAAUUCUGAAAUACAAGUUGUUAAACGGAAAAGAUCAGACGAAAAUAGUUUAAAUCUUUCUCUUAAUUCAAAAAAGAAAGAUAUAGGAGAAAAGUGCUAUUGCUUUGGAAAAGCAAGAGUUUGUUCAUUAUGUAUAUCAAGAUCUGAACAGACAGCUCCCAGAGCUGGCACACCAGGUUUUCGUGCUCCUGAAGUUUUAUUAAAAUAUCCUUCACAAACCCCUGCAAUUGAUAUUUGGGCAAGUGGAGUUAUAAUGUUAUGUAUUCUCAGUGGUACUCAACCAUUCUUUCAUUCACCAGAUGACUGUACAGCUUUAGCAGAAAUAACAACUAUAUUUGGAUCAAAUAAAAUGCAACAAUGUGCACGUAAAUUAGGAAAAAAAAUUAUCUUUAGUGAAGAUAUACCAGCAGUUGAUAUUGUCUCUUUAUGUCAAAAAUUGCAAAAAAGAAAUAAAGGUUUAUUAAGUAGUAAAAAUCAUAAUACAUGUGAAAAGGUAUCAUCAGACAUACAAAAAGAGUAUCCAAAAGAAGCUUAUCAUCUUUUAUCAAAAUUAUUAGAUUUAGAUUAUAAAACACGUUUUACUGCAGAUCAAGCUUUAAGUCAUCCAUUUUUUAAAUUAUAAUGUAUACUUUUAUAUUAAAAAUUGUUUUAGUUAUUUUGGCAGAUUUACAAGAAAACUAUUUUAUAACAAUACUAUAAAAAUAAUUAAAUAAUAUUAAAUUUAGUACUAAGGAUUGUACAUUAUGAAACUUGUACAUGUACAUAUGAGUGUAUACAAAUACAUAAUACAUUAUGUUAAAUUAAGUAAUUUAUAUUAAAUUAAAUAAUUUAGAUUUUUAAACAUUUUAAAUAUUAAAUAAAUAAUUUUGUUAUUAUGUAACAAUAUUAUAUAAGAUUAUAUUAAUAAAAUUGUUAAUAAAUGCAAUAAAUUUAUAAUUUAUAAUUUAACUAUAUCUAAAAAGAUAUUUAAUUAUCUUGCAGUUUUAUUGCAUUAUUUUUUAAACAAGAUGAAUUUUACAUUUUUUAGGCACUUGUGGUAUUAUAACAAAUACAUAAUUUUUAAACAUUUUGUUUACAACAUAAAUCUAAAAUAAAUUCAUAUUAUACAUAUAUUUAUUCAACAUUUUCCAAAUUGUUUGCAUUUUGUGAUAUCUGUUCCACAUUUUCACUUUUCCAUUCCCUAAUAAGUUUCCAUUCUGCUGCAGCUUCUAAUGCUUUAGCUGCUAAUUCUUUUAUUUUUUUGUUUUGUAUUGUAUCGCUUUUUGUAAGAGCCAUUAAAAUUUCCAUUACAUCAGUUUCAAUUACUUUGGCUGCAACAUCUUUUGUACUUUUUAUCAUAUUUAAAAUAAUUACAAUUCCUCUAUGUUGUAAAUCAGUAUUUGGAUUAGCAAGUAAAUAAUGCAAAGAUUCUAACCAAUCCUUUGAAUCAAAUAUUUUAAAACAAGAUUUUAUACUAACUGAUGUUAACAUUGCUAAGGCUCCUGCAGCUGCCAUAC